UUUGUUUUUAUCAAGUUCACAAGUCUUGUUGCAUUGCUAGUCUUGUGUGGUGAAGAACAUGAAGCUUCAAUGUCGUAAAUGUGACCUUGUUGUUUGAUAACAGUGAUAAUGUACAUGAAGGUUUGGUGAAGACACUACGAUCACGUCAGCCAGGAACCAAACAACGCACGAUGGCUUCCAUAAAACACAUUGACAACACCGAGACACUUAAUGGUGUAGCCGUAAAUGUCUUCCCUUUCUGUAAUUUAAUUGUUUACCUCGUUAGUGAAGACGACAGCUUCAAAAGUGGACAACAGGGAAAAACGAUGUUUUUUUUUUCUACGUGUGCACGGUAGAGACUGUCGUGAAUAAGUAACAUCCGACAUAAUUACCAGUUAAUGAAGUGGUUGAAUACGACCGUCACGAGACUGAGGGAGAGUGUGUAGUGUCCCAGCUGACACGUGAGGCUCCCUCAGGGCUCUUGAGCGACACUGCUGAAAGUAUCCAAGUUGUCGAACCUGCUCACUGUUGACUCCUGCCCAACCUUACUUGUUUUGUAUUGCCACUUUUAUGAUUUUAUUCACUGCUUGACAAGUGGACUGGCAGUGACUCCGCUUAAUAUGCGGACUCUUAUAUUGUCACUGUGUUUGUGAACUCACUGCUCGACGAGUCACGUAGAAAGGCUCAUUCAUUUUAGUUGUGAAAUACUACACUGCAGAAACACAAAGCCUGGCAGCCUGAUGAACAGAACCAAAGUCUUAUAAAGUGUAAACAAGAGGCAGGGCGUCACGAUGACCACCACCCUGUGUGUUGACGUGUGCCCAGCUUCCCUAAUGAAGGGUUUGUUGAUGCCUGGUGGAGGACUACAGAGGACCAGCAAUAUACCAGCUGUCGGUGACCAGAGACCAGCUGAGAUAAGUCGGGCUCUAGAUCAGUCAGCUGGUUGCGGCACCUGCCAUCAUCGCCUGCAGGUUUUAAUCCGAGUGACGACAGUUGCCAGGAGAGAUGUACAAUAACUGUAGAUAAAACACAACAACAACAACAACAAUACUCUCAAAAACUGUGCAGUUAUAAACAAAACAUAAUAAACGUGACAUAGUUUAAGAAAAUAAGUAAAAAAGGUGUCAAUGAAAAUAAUAGUAACAAUUUCAUACCAAAUAAUAAAAUGACAAAAAUCACAUGAAAAUCAGUGACAUAAACUUCAUAAAAAUAAUAAAGUGAGAGAAAUUUUCCAUAUAUAAUAAAAACCUGAAAUGCAAAGGUAGAAUAUUAGAGAGAGGGAAGAAGAAGAAAAAAGGGUGAAAUCUUUAAAAUCAAAAAGUUGUAAAAUGGUUGUGAGGAGCAAAGUGGGUGUAGUGUCCUGAGCUGAAGACUUGAGCGAGGAGGAGGCGGGUGGCGGUGGGUGGUGAAUGGACAUCAUCAUCCCCCAGUAAAGAGGAUCCCCCGGCCAGUGAGGCGGCAACAUAACACAGGAUGCUCACCCUCGGCCAACUCACAACCAAGUUCUUCGUUCUCAUCGUCUUGCUGGCUGUCUCCUUGCCUGGUACAGCCAGCAUCCGUAUCUUGAACAUGCAGGUGCCACCAAAGGUCCAGGCGGGGAAGACGGUCCAGCUCGGGUGUGAAUUCGACCUGGAGGGGAACAGCCUGUACUCCCUCAACUGGUGGCGCGGCUCCGACCAGUUCUACCAGUUCAGCCCUUCAAGCCCUGACCAGAUCAUCGUGUACAAGUCUCCGGGCAUCACCGUCGACGUGAAGCAGUCCGGGAAGAACGUGGUGGUGCUGAGGAACAUCUCUCACGACUCCGCCGGCAGGUACAAGUGUGAGGUACUGGCUGACUACCCCUCCUUCGAGAAGGUCUCAGAGACAGCCAAGAUGGAGGUCAUAGACGUGCCCACUCGCCCACCCAAUUUGGCCCUCAGUCGCCUGCAGUGGUCGCCUGGGGAGGUCCUGGAGGCUAACUGUACCUCUCCCGGGGUCAGACCUCCUUCCAACCUCUACUGGUACAUCAAUGGCGAUAAGAUCUCACCCCAACACUCCCGGCUGGUGUCUCCUGGGGUGCGGACGAGGAUGGAGACGGGGAUGAACAGUCUCUCCCAGAUGUCGGAGCUAAAACUGGUGUUGAGGGAGAACCACUUUAUCCACGGGGGUCAGGCCACCCUCUCCUGUGCUGCCUCUCUCCAGGACGCCUACCACAAGCCAACUGAGGUGUAUCUGGCCCUUCCCGGGUUCAAGACAGCUGCUCCUUCACAAAAGCUGUAUGGGUCGGCCCGUCGCCUGGGAAGUGGAAUAACACCUCUUGUAGUGGCAACUCUCCUCUCCCUGACGGUGCUGGUGUUGUAGGAGCCCACGGAGGAGGAGGAGAGAAGAGGAGGAGGAGGAGG